AGGCAGCUUGGCCAGCCUUCCUUGCAUGACACUGUGAAAGUCUGUAGUUUCGGGGGAGGGUGCAGCACACAAAGUAUAUCCACAUCUGCUCCAGGAAUCUCAGUGGCAUAGCAAGGCGAUCCCAAGCUGAGGAAAAGGGCUACAUGCAACUGGCUGUCUGCAGACCUGGGAAUGAGAUAUUGUCCUCAGUCACUGAUGGUGGCCAGGGGGGAUUUCUGUGUGCUCUUCUCCAUGGUUUUGUUCAGCACCCAGGCCUUCCCACAGACAAAUAUUAAAAUCAGCCAAGCUAUGCCAGAGCCCAUUCAGUCCUAUUCAUGCCCACUAUUCUGGACAGAAUAUGAAGGAUACUGUUACAGAUACUUUCCCAUCAAUAAAACAUGGGCUGAAGCUGACCUGUAUUGUGCUGAAUUUUCCAUUGGUAUAAAAUCAGCCAAGUUAGCUUCCAUCCACAGCUGGGAAGAGAAUGUCUUUGUGUAUGACCUGGUAAACAGCCGUGUGCCUGGGAUACCAACUGAUAUCUGGAUGGGACUCAAUGAUCUAAGACAGGAAGGGCAUUUUGAAUGGACGGAUGGCACAUUGUAUGAUUAUAACUACUGGGAUGGCAACCAGCCAGACGAUGGGAUCCACUCUAUUCCAGAAGAGGAAGAUUGUGUGCAGAUCUGGUACCGAUAUAACAGUGCUUUACGGUCAUGGAAUGACAACAGCUGCGGGAAAGAAUUCCCGUUUGUCUGCAAGAUUCCAUCGCUGGCGGUUGAUUAGCUCACUCCCAGGAUAACAGAACAACCACAGGCCACACUUUAAAAUACUGGAACAGCAUCUAUCUGACUGAGGACCUUCGUGAUGCCAGAGAGACGUUUUUAAUGGUUCAUAUAAGCAGGUAUAUGUCUGAGGCCAGCUGCUCUACCUAGACAAAACCUUACUUAACUUUUGCUUUUGUGCCCAAGCAGUGGCUGACCAAAGAGCACUGGUGAAUAGUAAAGCAAGUAGGACUUUCACAGUAUAUUUUUUAUGGUCUGGAAGCAAUUUCAAUAUGGCCUCCUUUGCCAGGGCUAUUGUGUGACCCAACAAAGAAUUUCAAAACCUAUAAACGUCAUUAAGCAAUGGAUGAAAAGGUGCAAGAAGGUGGCAAAAGUCUGACUGUCUGGUCCUCAUUCACAUAAGUGGAUCCCACUGAUCUUUACCUGUCAAACUGGGUUCAAAAUCUAUAAACCUCUCUCAUGUUAUGAUGAGCAGGUUUUAAUGCAGAAUACAUAUUCUGUCUUACUCCUCAACUCAGUUGAAAGAAGGGCUAUGCAGUCACACUAAGGGCCUGAUUUAGAUCUCAUUCAUACUAGAUGAUUUCAAUGGAGUUACUCUUCAUAACUGUCACCUGAGCUCAGAAUCAAGCUUGAAAAUCUGUACCAAUGCCAUACAAAUGAAGUAGCACAAGGCAGAUAUUGAAGUCCAUAAUUAGAUCAUACUUACUUUUUACUUAGUUGAAAGGAGAUGGGAGUUAUGCUUGAAGGGACACCAUGUAAAAGCUGAGUUAGGAAUUUCAUAUUUGAACUUCUAUUUGGAUUUAAGCAUAUCAACCUAUUUUACUAGAGAUCCAUUAUGUUAUUACAAACACUAAAAGCCUUAAUCAUAAAGUAAUAGCUGACUGAGAUGAUUUUGCCUGAGGGAAUUGCGGGGUGGAGCAUUUUCUGGUAAGUUUGGCAGAAAAUGUGGCAUUUUUCUUAAGUCUGCCCCCCAAAGCUAAAAUACAUUGUAAACAAUAUUUUGUAGUUCCUUCUCUGCAGCCUUGCUGGAAUACAUAUACUUUCUUACUUUAUACAUACCUCUAUUCUGGUACAAGGAUGGUAGCUUUAUUACUCUCAUUGCUUUGGACUGCAGAUUACUGUUGUAUCUCAUAUCAAAGGGGGCAUUCAAAACAGUAAUUAUAACAGUGUGGCCUGCCCCUUAGCAGCCGGAGGACCUAAGGCGAACCAGACCCGUGCAAUUAUGACACCCAGCUGGAAAGUGGUCAGGUUUUUCCUACGAAGGGCUGAGAGAAUAAAUUGGAUAGGCAGGUAGACAAGGGACAACAAAGGCAUGGAAAGGAAGAAGUAUGGGAGGAGCUACUGUUGGGUCCUGAGAGAGGCAGCAAAUUCUUCCUGGGCUGGUGAGGGAGCCUGCCAUUUUACACUCACUUUUUAUGCUGGCACAAAGAGGCCCAUUAACAACAGAUUACAGAACAUCAACUUUAAAAUUAGAUGAUCACGGUAGUGUUUUCCUUCUCCUCAUAAAAUAGAAUGAAUUUGUCACAUGGCGAAUGACCAAGACAAGAGGUGCACAGAGCAGAUCGUACCGAUGGUUUCAUUGCAAAGAAGCAGGAUUAGUUCUGGCCCAGGGUUACAAAAAUAAUUUUAUUGGGAAUUUAUUUUUCUUUUGAAAUUGAGCUUUUUUUCAUAGAUUUCAUAGACAUUAGGGCUGGAAGGGACCUCAGAAGAUCAUCGAGUCCAGCUUCCCGCCCGAAGGGCAGGAAGUCAGCUGGGGUCAUAGGAUCCCAGCAAGAUAAGCAUCAAUUUUCUCUUGAAGGUGUUCAAUGUAGGUGCUUGAACCACCUCUGAUGGCAGGCUAUUCCAGACCUUGGGGGCUCGGACAGUAAAGAAAUUCUUCCUUAUGUCCAGCCUGAAACGGUCUCCUGUUACUUAUUAAUAUUUAUUAUUGCUCACUGCUUUAGGAUAUGAGCAAAUAAACAUGAAGAAAGAGUCUGAUAUUAAAAUGCACAUCCCCACAUACAUGUUAUGACUUUGUCUAGCCCAUUCUAGACCCAAAUGGAUGGAGACAGGGCAGCAGAGUAACUAGAAUCAGGACUGGCUGCUGCUGCUACCCUGGGUACAGCAACUGCUUGUUAUGCCUCUGGCACAGGGUUUGAUCUGAGACACUGCUGUUAAUUUCUUGGAGUACCCCCAAGGGUUAAAAAGCUAAAUUCUCUCCACAUUGAAAUCAGUAUUGAAAUUCCUUUUGUGAACUGUAGAUUUGGCUCAAUAAUUGCAGUAGCCUCAGGAUAGAUUUACACAGGUUACCGGAGUUUAGGUUCAUCCCAGUGAGAUAUCACCGUAACCCCCCAGCCAUGCUAAAUGUCAGCUAUAGAGGAGCCAUCAGCAGAAUGUCAUAGACCCAGGGAGACAUUUGCCAUGUAGGCAGUCUGCAUAAAUACACCCAUCAACAACUUUCUUAUUCUCUCAAAAUACAUUAAGUUGCCGCAGGGCACUUUUUGCUAGUUUGUGAGGCAUGAUGAAUUAAUGCUUUGCAUAUUGGUUGAAGGCAUAGUGGUUAAUAAGCAGAGCAUGCAUGUCUCCAAAGGAAACCUUUACAAAUUAUUUUCAAGGGACCUGAGAUUUUCCUGGAGGAAAGGAAACCAUCUCCUCUCCCUUUGCUGGUCUCUGGAAUUCUGUAGGCUAAGAGUGGCCCCAUCGCAGAACUGGCUAAAAGGAGGGUUGUAGACAUAGAAACACCUUCUCAGCUGAUGUAAACUAAAAUAGCUUCCCUGGACUCAUGGUAGCAAUUGAAGCACUUGCUGCUGACCACUUCCCAUCUCAGGUGUGUGUCUCCAUCACACAUUAUGGGUGCUUGUGCACAAGCACAGAGCCUGCUCUGAUGCACUGUAAUUAAAUUGUAAUUACAGCCCGUCGGAGCAGACUUGAUUAAUCAAGACUGCUGGAGUGUGGUAAUUACCGCACUCCAGCAGCUUCCAACAUCUCGUGCAUCAGCAUCUCCAUGCUUCAAAAUGGUGGUGGUGGCGCUUGAACUAAAGCUUAUUCAGCCAUUUUGAAGUGUGGGGACACCAAUACACAAGACGCUGUGGUGCUUUAAUUAGAGGAGCUGUAAUAAAAGCACUGCCCCCACAAUGCCUGGAGCAUGUAUAAAAGUGACAUAUGAUACCUGCUAUCACCCAGUUUCACAGGCAAAGGGAGACUGCUCAUUUUUUCUCCUGACAUUAGAUGUUUACACAUUAGCAAUGGGUGUUGUGGGUUUGGUAUUCCAGAGCUGGUCCAACUAGCUUUGCCUGGUUUUGUUGAGAUAACUCUAACUUUAUAGCAACUCUUUCAUGUCUUGAACCAGCAUCACAUGGUGAGUGUUUAUUAAAUUUAAAAGGCAGCAGGGAAUCAUUAUACUUCUGUGUUAAAAAGGGUCAGUGGACAAUUGAGUUGUAGGGAGACAGAUGUAUCCACUGGAACCAAUAUCCACUAGACAUAGAGAGACAAUUUAAUUUUUAUACAAAGGAAGGAUUGCCUCAGUUGUGGAUUUCUUCUGAGAAGCCCCAUUUUUCUGAGAGGCCCAUUAUUUCUUUUUAUAACUUUUACAGGCAUAUCAACUGUGGUCAUUUUGUCUUCAAAUCAGAUAACGGAAAUCCUUUCCCAUUACCUACCAGUACCUGACGCCCACAGGCUCAAGUUAGUUAGAUAUCUAGAAGUGAAUGCAGAAACUAUUGUCCUAUAAUAGCAGAAGAAAUAAUCAUGCAAGAUGCUGAGCUCUCUGACCUUCAUCCAGCCAUUAUUAAGCAACUGCUUAACAGUAGGCAGCUGUGAUAUGAGCACCUUACAUACUUCAAAAGGGCCAUGUAGAAUCUCAGUUUCUCUUUUUUCCCCCUCAACACUCAUUUAAAGAGAACUGUUGGUUAGUCUGAGACUUCCAAGAAAGUGCCUGUAUGUAGAAAAACUAGCUCAGUGGUUGGAGCAGUUGUCAGCAGGUGCCCAAAUCUAUGGUCAUUCUGUGCUGCUUUGUAUCCUCCUGUGCUUUGAGAUAUAUUUAUUCAUUUAUUAUAUUCAGCUGUAUACCAUUGUGAUAGCCAGUUCAGUUCAAAAAGCCAAAUGAUUAUACUCAGGGGAUCAAGCAUAAGACCAUCCAGUUCAGUGAAAUUGCUAAUCAUCAAGAUGAGUAUGGAGAGAAAAUUGGUUCAGGACUAUGGUCGGAAAACUGACUGACCUAUAAGGGCUGACCCAUGCUAUCCCUUCAUGUGCUGACUUGUAUAGAGUUGUUCAGGAACACUUAACAGACUAGAAUAGUGUAUAGAUGGGGGUAUGUUAGGUACUAGUGUAUAGUAUAGUAUGGUAUACAGGGCAUCAGGUACUAGUGUAUAGUAUAGUGUUACAGAUAUAUAUCAAAUCUAUAGAGAUGCAUUGCAGUAAUAUCUGUACUGCAGACAACCAAUACCCCUUAGCCAAACUACUAGGAAGAACCUCUUGAAGUUCAGAAAAAAUAUUAAACAUCUAGCCAAAGAGCUUACCUUUCUCCCAGCCAAUCUUACUUUAUUGGAGAAUUUUGGAUACCUGACAGGUGCUUACCUUAACACAAGGCAAGGCAGCAGCCAUUGCUUUCCAGCACCAUUUUCAUGGGAAGAGAAUAUAAUCCAUUAGAUGUAAUUUUUCAGGUUCUGUUUUCCUAGCUAGUUAAAUUGAUGUUGGAAAUGCUUUUCACUGCUGAGCCCUUGAGGCAAUGAGUGAGUUAAUCUAUUAUGCAGAUGCUCUGCAACCCCAUUUCCCCCAAAGAUCAUUGGUGCUGCCUUCAGUCUUCUGGAUCUCUGGGUUUUGGAUGAGCAGGGAAUCUAUAGAUGGUGCAUGCUGCUGUCAGGGAGCUUGACUGAGUCAUAGAUACCUUAUCUUUACUGCUAUUGUUCUUUCAGAGAAACAUUCAUUUAAAAUAAUAUUGCCUUAACAGUAAUGUCAAACUCCAUGCAGAUUUCUCCUUUAGGUCUUUCUUGCCAGCUGUGGUGAGUUUGUGUAGAUGUGGACACAGGAACAGAAUUUGGCUUAUAUUAUGUAAAAACUUAUCUUCUUCACACUCAGAUUUAAACCAUUUUAUUGGUGCUAUGGUGCAAGCCUGUCAGCCAAUAUACAUAGUCCUGGCCGUGGCCCUGCAGGACAAGGCUAUCUGCUCUCUCCAGAGGUAAAUCACUCAUGUCUGGUACACACUUCCACUUAAAUUUAAGGGGCUUUACAUACAUGAAAAUACAACAGUCUAUGGAGUAGCAGCUACUGCUAUGCUAAUGGCUUAAGGAGACUCUCUUUGAUUUCAGUGGGAUUUGGGUCAGACCCCUAAUCCUUAAUGAUUGUUUUUCUCUUUUUUGGUCCAAAGUUAGGAACAAGCCUUCUAAAGACAUUUUGGAGAGAACUAGUUAGUUGUGUUAAUCUGAAGUCAGCAGAAUGCAGGGUAGAGGUACAUCUUAGGGCAUUUGUAUACACGAUAGUUGUUGUGAUGUACACAUGAUGAAAAUGUAAUUUGUGUGACUUAAUGCAGUCAUGCAUUACAAGUGCACCACUUUUGGAGGUUUUAAAUAACUUUGCAUCAUUGCAAGCUAAAUUACAUCUGGUUGAAGUUCAGUUUGCAAUGUUGCAAAGUGCAACAAUGCAGCUGUCAGCUUGCCCCUCAGCUAUGGGAGAGGCAGGCAGGCUCUGUAGAAAAAAAGGAUCAGGCCCCUCACCACUUCUACUUUCAGCAGCUGCUUGGCUGCCACAGGCACCUGUACAAAAAACAGCAAGGGGCCGAAUCCUUUAUUUAUUUAUUUAUUUAUUGGUGGAGCCUGUCUGCCUUUCCUGCAGCUGGGGGUGAGCUGCUGGUGGGCUGAGAAGUACCUGAGCUGUGGAGGUCCCGGUCCUUCCCUCCACAGUGGUAGCACCCCACCCCCAGGCUGCCCAGGUGGGCUACUAGCAGGCUGGGUGCUGCCUCAGCUCAGAGGCAGCAUCCAGCUCAAUCCAAUUGUUCCCCAACCCCACCUGGGGAGCAGCAUCUGGCAGGCUUCUAGUGGAUGGGCUUGGGGAACAGUUGGAUCAGGCUGGGUGCUACCUGCUAGCAGCCAGUCUGGGCAACCCCAAGAGGUGCCACCACUGUGAAGGGAAGGACCAGGGCCCCCCACAGCUCAGGGGCUGCUCAGCCCAUCAGUAGCUUGAGCUGGCGCUGGCUCCAGCUCCAGCUCUGGCAAAAAAAAAAGAUUGGGCCCCUCGCUGUAACAUGAUGGAAAAUGUAAACGAUGGGUUUCAAUUAAAAACUUGCCGUUUCAAUUUAGGGGGCAUAAAAUAAAACCUUAGGGAUUGAGCCCCCAUCAUGUGUACAAGCACCUUUAUAGACUAACUUCAGCCAGAGAUGCAAAAGCUCUCAUAAGCAGCUGUUUAUUUCAUGGGAUGCUGUGAAGGGACACUUUUGGAAAAACUGUAAUCUGUGUAGGUCUCCUGAGGUACUUGUUGGGAACGCUUGGACCACUGUAGAAUUCUGAGCUAUUCCAAAACAUAUCAUGUAGGCCUUCUGGGUCUACAGCUACAUAUGAAAAAUGGCUGAAGCCCCUUCUAUGUUGUCCUUGCUCUGUGUGCAAUGAAUGCUGUUUAACAUUUGACUCAUGUUCUGUGAGCUGAGUUCUGCCUUCUGCUGUACCAGUGCAUUGACAUCAGUGGAUUUUCUCUUGUUUAUAUUUCUCAUACCCCAGAGACCCCUGCUUGCUCUAUGCAGCAGCCAGAGCACAAUGUUACCCCAGGCAAUAUCUUCACUUUCAAACAAAACUGCUUUAGAGAGUUCAUGUUGUCAUUUCAUUUUUAUUCCUGACCCUCAAGGUUUGUGAGCAUUAGAAAAUGUGGGUGGCAAGAACAACUAGCUGAAUCAUCCAAGGUAAAUCAGCAGGGCAAGCGGAAAAUCGAUCCUUGCUCAAACAUUUAGCUCAGUUUUCCCAUGAGCAGGGAGGCUGAGUUGUUUUGAACCGUUUCGCAUGGCUCUCAAGGAGACAGGCCUUCAGCACCAGAUUUAGUCUCCUAGGCCGCGUCCCCAUGAGCAGGAAUGUGUGUUCCCUGGGGACAACUAGCAGCAGCUCAUAUUUGUGCUGCUGCUAGUUGUCCCCAGGGAAUGACUCUGCAUGCACACUCUGGCAUGUGACAAGUUCCCUGGGUUGGGUAGGGGAGGCUGGGGCCAGCACCUGGGCUUGGCCCAGCAGCCUUACCUGGGGUCCUGGGGGCCUUCCAGGGCUCCAGCAGCAGCAAACCAGAUGUGCAGAGCCUGGCUGGCAGUUGGAGUGUGGCUCUGGUCAGCCAGGUUCUGGUUUUAGGAAGCACACACUACAGCCACGUGUACCACGCUGCUUUUUUUUUGGAGCAGGUUUUUUUGACUGCAGGAUCUUCUGGUGUCAAAAAAACCCCACCAUGCUGAAAAUUAGGAGUGUGGCGAAUGCCUGUAUGUGUGGUAUAUGUGAUUUGUGGCACUGCAAACUGCACACGCAUGGUCUUCUGAACACAGCCCUAGGUAUCAAAUGCCUGCACAGAACUUGUUGGGGUUAUAGCAGGCUUUCUUCCUUGUGAGUAGAGACUGCUUUUAAUUCUAUGUCCUCUUUCCAGGAUUAGUGAUAAUGUCAUUCCCAGUGCUUGAGAGAAUGAACUUGCAUUGCUGAUGUUAAUCACAUCACUUAAUGCACUACUGAGAGGCACUCAGGUAGUGGGAUGAGGGGAGCAGCAGAACCUUUUAGUACUGAAUAGAUUCUGCAGCAAUCACAGUCUAUAUGGAGGGCUGCACAUUGGGAGCCAUUUCCAAUGCAGAAUGCAACAAUGUUAUUUUGUCCUACAAAGUCCAGAAAAAAUCCUCUGUGUUCCUGAAUGCCUGGUACUGGCAUGUUCUCCAGCAACUAUUUACAUGUAAAAAGACAUCUUUCUCUCAUACAGCAAUGGCAUAACAAUCACAUUAUUCAAAAUGCUUCUUUCUUGAAUUGCUUAGAAUCCAGUGAUUCCCAAUGAGUUAAAGCUGUAGAAGAAGCAGACUGCAAACAUAUAUGCCCGCGCCCUAUUUUAUCCAGACAUGUAGUCCCACUGGAUCAGCUGGACUGUUCACAUGUAUAGAUUUGUAUUUGAAGCUUUAGGGCUGUGCUGGUCAACACUUACUACAGGAUAUGAUGAUUACUACAGUGGGUAGUAAUUGUAAGCUGCUCAGAACAAAGAUGCAUAUUUUUAGUAUUAGAGCUUUGUGACAUCAAGCACUGUGCAAAUAAUAAUAAUUUAUAAGAAUUAAAGCCCUCUGUGUAUGCAGCAGUUCAUUGCUUUCAGCUCCCUUUUGCUUGAAGCUGUUUCAAAGUAACAUGAAUUGUAUUUUUCAUCCUAAGCAAAGAAACAAAGUCUUGAGAGCAGCCAAAACAGCUGGAAUAAUCACUGGGUUUCAUUAUCUCAACUGCCGGCUGAGAUAGUAAGUUCCAGAAAUAGCAAUAGAAAAUGAAUGAGAGAGAGGAGGGGGGAAAAAACCCAGACACUAGAAUGCUGAGGGUUUGUUUCAUAGCAGGGAGGAGGAGGAGAUUGGAAAUGAAAGUUGCAUUAAAGUAACCCAAUGUGUAAAAAAGUUAUUCUGUAAGCAUGGUAAAGAAAUAGCCACAAAGACAUAGACACAAUUAUAAACCUCCAGCCUCCCAACCUUUGUUUGCUCAGCUGGCACAACCAUUGUUUUUUGUUAUCUGAGUGCUUCUGAUUCAACCAAAUUGAUGAAAACCAAACAAAAUUCUUUCUGCUUCAGAGAAAUAACAUUGUCUCCUGCAGAAAUGCCAUGCAACACUAUCUCAUUUUAAAAAGCGCUGGUCUACCUCCAGACAGGCUAUAAGGAUGAGAAAAGGAAAAUAAAGACCAAACAAAUCCAUAUGCAGAGGGCGGUGUAAAGGAGUUUGCACAGGGCUGGGUAAUGCUUCUUAUGUAGCGGCUCAGAGUCCAAGCUGGUAAUCAGGAGCCCUUCACAAGCAAUGCUUUCACACGAUGCAGAUUUUUUUUUUUAAUCAAAGGGGAAGAGAUAGCAAUAAUUUUCAACUUAUUCAGAAUCCACUGGGCAUCAGUUAAAUGAGCUAUUCAGCUACAGGUUUUAGACUUUUGGCAGUGGCUUGGGGCAAGAUUUCUAACAGCUUUGGAGGCUUUGUAAUAUGAAGGCUGAAAAACAGAAUGAAAAAUAUGUGUGAAACAUGCAUUAUGUGGAAUUGUAAAUGGAUUUCACAUAAGGGGGCCUUGAUAUUAGAUUCAGAUACGUGUGUAGAUGUCUUUCAUUUAUAGCCAGACUAAAGAGUGAUAGAAUUUAUCAGAAAUUCAGCUGGAGGUACAUUUGAACUUCCAUUGUUAAAGACAUGUACCACAUUCAUGUAUUCAUGAUUUCUUUCUAUGAACUUGUCACAGGAAUAUGAAGUCCUACGGUUAACAGGUCUUCAGCUGGGUUAGUUGUUAUAUUCUUGGACACAAAUGCAAAUAAGCUGCAUUUUCACCUUGAUUUUUUUUCAGGUGGUGGUCCUGCAUUUUCUUGAUCCAGAAAUGUAUUUUUCUUGGCUCUGUAAGGCUAUAGUUCUUUUGUUGUUUUACACAUAACCAUGUCUGCUCCCUUUCUGAAGCAAGUUAAAGCUCAGGUGCAUCUCAGUCUCCCUUGAUAUUACUAUCUUGGAAACAUGAAAUAAAAAACCAACCAUUUGGACACCUACA